CCAACAACAAUGACUCCAUUCUACGUUAUCAGCCGUGAUUCAGAAUAUUUACCAGAUCUUAAGACAUUCGAACCACAAAGGUUUAUCGACAAUGCCAAGUACAGGCGAUUGCCUUCUGUGUGCAUUCCUUUUGGAGAGAUCCCUGAUUUGCCGAACAGCUCAGACCGAAUUUGGAAUCGAUAAGAUAGCGACCGUUCUAUCUCGCUCCUUUCCUCUAAUUGUAGGAACCCCCGUUGUGGUUCUCAGCAUCCGUUUAAAUUCUGUUCCGCUCUCGCUUCCGGUUUUCGACUAUAUAAGGGAGUUCUCGCCUGAAUCGAACCGCAGUUGUCGGUCAGCUUUCAGCGAAACUAUUACGGACCGACGUUCAGCUGUACUAUGUUGGUUGUUAUCGUAUUUCAAAAAGUUAAAUUAGCAAUCUCUCAUCGACACAAUACCUUCGUUCAAUUGAAUCAUAGUGUAUAGUACAUGAGGUUUCAUCUUGCAUUCAAUGACUAUCACGAAGCGAAUACUAUCCCUUUUCUCUGCUUCUAGGGCAGAAACUCAACUUGCAGUGUCUUAAUCGAUUCUUCGAUUGCUGGCUUUUACUCUUGUUUCUCUCAGCCUCAAGAUCUAUUCUUCCGGGUACAUAGAGACUUUUCGACUUUGGUCUAAUCUCUGAUGAUCAGUUACCCUGCCACCUCGGAAAUAUAUCAUGUUACUAAUUGUAAGAGUUACUCACUAUCUUUUAAUUUAACAUUAGAUUCAUUAAACUCACUUCUCAACAGUUUGCGCAGCAAACUCUGACUCUAAUCACCAAAAUAAUCUAUUUGUGCUGUUUUAAACAAGUUCCGAUGAAUCUCAGAGGCACAUUCAGAAUAACACUUUGAACGAUUAAAAAACUUGAUAUUUUCAAGCUACAUUUACGAAGAACAUGAUACAAAGACCACGGUGGAAAAGAUAGAAUUAGGUGCAACGAUCAAAUCACUCUGAAGUUUUUGAGUAUGGUUCGAAUAGUUGAGAUUUUAACUUCGCAAAACAGAUCUUUAAGUGUACGAAAUAUAUUAAGCAAAUCGAUGCGGGAUUAUUUGAUCAAGUGCCUACAUAGCAAGGGUAAUUUAUACGAUUCUGGUCAAUCGCUGAACAGCAGUACGAUGAUAAAAGUGUAUUCAAUAAAUUUUAUGAAUAGUAUUUUGAUAACUUCCAGUAUAAUUCGAUUGUGCCGUCCGCGGAUGCGAAAAAAAUUAAUAAAUAAAAUGGAUACAAGUGAAAAUUUAGCAUCAAUCAAGUAUGAAAUCGGUAGUUUUCUCGAUCAGAAUUCGUGGGAUCGUUACACUUUUACCGCGUGAUGUUAUUUCGUUUCCACUCUUAUCGCAUAUAGUUACAUUCACUCAAGUUACAGGAGUUUAUUUCUUUCGGUGAUAACGUCAAAUUGCGCAUAUUUAUAUAAGUACAACGAUAUACUGACUCACGAUGAAACUGCAGAAAAAAUAUUAAGACGUUUCAGAUCUGUACAUGCGGAAUCCACUCUUGAAAAAGUAUGAAUUCAAUAUGCGUUGUAGAAAAACAAAGCGAGAUAAUCGCGUGGCUAUCAAAUAUCACGUGACCGAUAAUACUAACCGCAGCUCUUCUCGAGCUUUGAUAUAUUGCCAUACUCUUCUCACUGGGAAAACAGUUUGAUUUCGAUCCGCACGGUGAACGCUAGCAUUAGUAUCUCCAGACUUCAUCCAAAGAGCAGUAACCAAUUAAGUUGAAGAACCGAAUUUAUCACCGUCAAACAAUGUUCACCCAAAUUGUAGUCAACACGUGCUUGGUAUUGGUGGGUGUGCUGACUGUCUUAUACUUGUAUAUUCGUCGCCAAUUUACUUACUGGGAGCGACUAGGCGUGCCGUACGUGAAGCCGGAUUCGUUUCUGGGAAACUUUGGGGAUUCCUUUACGAAGAAGAGACCCAUGUCUGAAAUACUGAUUGAGGUGUACGAUAAAUCCAGUGGAAAAGGGUUUACCGGUGUGUGGAACUUUUUCUCGCCAACAUUGUUUCUCGCCAAUCCUGAGGUGCUGCGCGAUAUCAUGAUAAAGAAUUUCGACGCGUGGACCGACCGUGGAUUACCUUCGAAUCCGGAGUCCGAUCCCCUUUCGCAGCACGUGGCCGCCCUGGAUGGAAAGAUGUGGAAGGACGUGAGAACGAAACUGACGCCAACGUUCACAUCCGCGAAACUCAAGCACAUGCAUUACCUGCUCUUGGAGUGCGGGAAAGACUUGGAGAAGUAUCUGGAGUCGUUGGUUUCAAAAAAUGAGGCGAUCGAGGCUAGGGAAGUCAGCGCCAAAUUCACCACGGACGUAAUCGGCUCCUGUGCCUUCGGGAUUCAGAUGAAUUCACUUAGUGACGAAGAUGCCGCCUUUCGUAACAUGGGGAAAAAAAUGCUCAAUGUAACAAUCGGACAGCGAUUCGCCAUUCUUGUGCUUCUGAGUUCUCCGUGGUUGUUCAAGAAACUGAAGCUAUCUCUGACACCGCGAGACGUCGAAGAGUUCUUCCUAAGAAUCACCAGGGAGGCCUUCGAGUAUCGGGAAAAGAACAACGUGCAGAGGCACGACUUCAUAGAUCUUUUGAGGAAUCUCAAAAACGUGGAUCAGUCACUCGGCGAGGGUGAAACAGUAUUCGACGAUAAACUCCUGACUGCCCAAGCGUUUGUUUUCUUUGGGGCCGGUUUCGAGACGAGCUCUACAACGAUUGGGUACGCCCUUCACGAGCUGGCUGUUAACCAGGAUAUGCAAGACCGUCUGCGAAAGGAAUUGCGUGAAAUGAAAGCCGCUAACAAGGGUGAAAUCACCUGGGAUGGUUUGCAGGGUAUGAAGUACUUGGACAUGAUAUUCCAAGAAACUCUGAGAAAAUAUCCAGUAGUUCCGCAAAUCAGCCGAGUCUCGGUAAAGCCUUACCAACUUCCUGGUACGAAUGUGGUACUACCGUCAGGAUCAAGAUGCAUAAUUCCCAUCUACGCCUUCCACCACGAUCCGCAAUUCUUUCCGAAUCCGGAAAUAUUCGAUCCAAAGAGGUUCACUGACGAGGCAAAGGCCCAGCGACGCCCUUUUACUUUUAUACCCUUCGGUGGUGGGCCCAGGAAUUGUAUAGGUUCUCGGUUCGCGGAGCAACAGACGAAAAUUGGUAUCGUCAGUGCGAUCGACAAGUUUAAGCUUUCACUAUGCGAGAAGUCACAAAAUCCAAUUCAAUAUAAAAAAGGUGCACAUUUUCUACACGCGGAUAUCGGAGUUUGGAUUAAAGUGUCUCGCAUUGGUGCCGAUAACAAAUGAUGAGAUUACUCUUUGUUGGCUGAAUAAAACCGAUCGAGAAUUCAAAGCCAACACAAUACGGGAAGUGCAAAUUCUUGCAAAAUUUCUGACAUCACAUACAAACUAAUGUUACGAAGUGCUUUGACACAAAUCUGACUAAAAAAUAACCACCCGAUUCUUUCUCGUCAUUGAUUUUUUAAUUUGUGCCGUGUAUAGGCAGAUGCAUUUAUAACCAAUAAUCGAACAAUCGUUCAGAAUAUCAAACACUCUAGCUUGUAUGGACGAGAAUGAAAUAAUUUAAAUCCUUGUCUCGAGUUUCAGUCGAAUCUCGAAGAAAAAUUUGACGAAGCGUAUACAACGCAAUAAGCUUUUUCUACACAUAACGCUUAUCUGGAAACACAUCGCAUUAAUUAUGUUUACGAAUACCAACGUCGAACUGGCCUAGAGCUGGUGGCUAAUUUAGCGUAGUAAAUUGCUUAAGAAGAUGUCAACGAAUUCCGAAAAUAACACAAGAACUCGAGGGAAGAAACAUGAAAAGCAUCAGUCUCGGUAAACAGAGAGCUUUAAAUGACACUGGAGUCAGUUUUCAUUUCACCUUGCGCAACUUCAGACUCGUAAAUGAUGUUUCUCAACGGAUAGAGGGAAGAUUGGUGUCGCAGUGUGAAAUGAACUUUGCAACGCCAAGGGUAUAUUGUCGGUGAAAAUUGACAGGGACUAGGCAAGAGACUUAGAGAAUGGUGUCAUAUGCUCCGACCUCUGGACGUUGGAUAUGAAUCUGACGCAAGCGUUGAGCGCAAGGAGAAGCUCAGUUUUAGGAUCGGAGAUAAAUAACGGAAGGCUAACAAGAAGCUCAACAUUCUAGCUAGAACCAGUCUAAAACAGAGUUAAUUGCUGUGUGACGAAUCCAACAAUUAUUAAUUUCGUACAGAGAGUGGAUGAUUAAUAAUUGUGCUGAAGAAAAAAAAUGAUUUUAAACAGGAGUAUUGUUUUAUUAGCGAUGCAAGUAUUCUAGUAUUAUAUAUGUGACCUAUCAACCACGAAUAAAACGCAUGUGUAUCAACCGUAAAGUCGAUUACAUAAAAUGAA